AUGGCUUUACAGAGUAUCUUGGUCCACGGGAUUGGGGGUUGGUCUAGUCAGAGCAGGUCCUCGCUGAUGCGCGGCUCGCCGAACAAUGAGGAUUUUCGCUCGGUGGCCAUAGAACUUAUACUAAUGGAAGGGAAAAAGAACCCGUACAAUAUCGAAGAUCCAAGCUCUUUUCAAAAUUAUAUACGUAUGGAGCAACUUGUGCUCGAGGAGUUGUUACAUGCUGUUGCACCUUUAAUUGAAAAAAAGGACACAGUAAUGAGACAAGCUAUCCCUGCUCAAGAUCGAUUAAGUGUAACAUUACGUUAUCUUGCUACAGGAAAUUCAUUCAUGAAUUUAUCGUAUUCUGUACGAAUCGCUCUUAAUACAUUAUCUCAAAUAAUACCUAAUACAUUAAAAGCAAUUGUUGAAGUACUUGAAAAGAAAGUUUUUAAUUGUCCAUCUAGUCCAGUUGAAUGGCAAGUUUUGGCAGAGAAAUUCAAUAUACAGUGGCAAUUUCCGCAUUGUUUAGGCUCAUUAGAUGGGAAACGUAUUAAUUUCAGACCACCAAGAAAAGCAGGUUCUGUAUAUAGAAAUUAUAAAGGAAAAGAUAGCAUAAUCUUUCUUGCUCUUGUAGAUGCUGACUAUAAUUUUAUAUUUGUGGAUGUAGGCAGAAAUGGUCGUAUGCAUGAUGCUUCUGUAUUUCGAGAAAGUUCUCUGGCUACACAGUUGCAUUCAGGAACAUUAAAUUUAUCUUUGCCAUCCUCUUUACCUGGAUACAAUGUUGAUAUGCCAUAUGUAAUUGUAGCAGACGAUGCUUUUUCUCUUAAGACAAACAUUAUGAAACCAUAUCCUGGACGCAAUCUUACCAAUGAAAAAAAAAUUUUUAACUAUAGACUAAGUAAGCGCGUAGAACGGUAG